AUGGCGCCUUCUAGUCCGCUGUCUUAUUGGGAGAGAGUUGGAGACAGCUUUUACCGGAAAGUGCCCGUGUACGAUGCCAUUUUCGACGAGGAUGUCGAAUUGGAGAACUACAUUGUCGCCGGGGCUCCGUAUGGAGGUGCUAUAGCUCUAUAUCGUGAUGAGAGCAAACUGUAUAGAUUUCAAGGUGCUCAGACAACUAAAUCGAGUAUUGACGUUUACUCCUGUUCGGGAAAGCAUAUCAACCGAAUAAAUUGGGAAUACGGUUCUAUAAGAGGCCUCGGCUGGUCCGAUAAGGAAGAACUCCUGGUAGUUUCUGAAGACGGUACCGUGCGGCGAUAUUUCGGCCUGUUUGGCGACUUCACAUCCUUUUCCUUGGGAAAUGGAUCCGAUGAAUAUGGCGUGAGAGCCUGUCGAUUCUGGACAUCUGGGUUUGUCGCAUUGCUUUCAAAUAACCAGUUGGUCGCCGUUUCGAACUAUGAGGAGCCACGCCCGAGACUAUUGGCUCCUUGCCCGGAGGGAGAAAUUUCCUCGUGGUCAUUGAUUCCCCCGGCGUAUACGCUAUCCCGAUCUGUGGAGGUUCUACUGGCUGUCGACAAAACGAUAUACUUGGUCGACCCAACAGAAGCGGAAGACAAGGUUCUCCAGAAUGGCCCCUUCAAGCAUACGAGCGUCUCUCCUACUGGCCGGUUUGUGGCGCUUUAUACAGCUGAAGGAAAAGUCUGGGUUGUGAGCAGUGAUUUCCAGAGCAAGUUCAGUGAAUACGAUCCAAAAGCUCGGACUCCUCCUAGGGAGGUUGAGUGGUGCGGUGAUGACGCUGUCAUUUUGGCAUGGGAGGACGAAAUUCAUCUCGUUGGUCCUAACGGCGUCGCAACCAGAUACUACUAUGAUGGCCACGUUCACGUAAUAGCAGAAUUCGACGGUGUAAGACUGAUAACCAAUGACACAUGCGAAUUUCUGCACAAAGUGUCUGAUGUCACGGAGGAGAUUUUCCGACUUGGCUCCUCGUCCCCUGCAUCAGUGCUGCUGGACUCUGUAGACUUGCUCGAGAAGCAGUCCCCUAAGGCUGAUGAGAACAUUCAGCGAAUCCGUUCCAGCCUGCCAGAGGCGGUUGAUACCUGCGUCAAAGCUGCUGGUUACGAAUUCGAUAUUUACUGGCAGAAACGACUGCUGAAAGCAGCUUCCUUUGGGAAGUCUGUCUUGGAGCUUUACAACAGCGACGAUUUCGUGGAAAUGACUGAAAAGCUUCGAGUGUUGAAAGCCAUCAGGGAUUACCAAAUUGGGCUACCGGCGUCUUACGAGCAAUAUAUGAGACUCACGCCCGAGAAGCUCAUUGAACGCCUGGUGAAUCGCCAUGAAUAUUUCCUCGCCAUUCGAAUCGCGGAAUAUCUUCAGAUUCCUGCAGAUCGAAUCUAUGUCCAUUGGGCAAGUCAAAAAGUCAAAGUCUCCACUGUCGACGACGAGGCUGUUUGCAAGCUCAUUGUGCAGAGAUUGGAUGGGAAGCCGGGCAUAUCCUUCGAAUUGAUUGCCCAAACUGCGUUCGACGAAGGGCGAGCCCACUUGGCUACCCAGCUCUUGAAUCAUGAACCGCGAGCCGGGAAACAAGUACCUCUGCUGAUGAAUAUGGAGGAAGACGAGAUUGCCCUUGACAAAGCCAUCGAGAGCGGGGACACCGAUCUGGUGAAUUACGUACUCCUUCACUUAAGGAGCAAGCUUCCUCUCGCGAGCUUUUUCCGGAUGAUCAACACGCGACCCAUGGCUUCUGCCCUUGUGGAGACAUCGGCCAGAGGGGAGGACUCAGAAUUACUAAAGGAUCUGUAUUACCAGGAUGACCGCCCCAUUGACGGUUCGAAUGUUCUGCUUUCGGAAGCUUUGCAGGAAACGGAAUUAGAGCGCCAAACUGAGAAGCUUCACCUUGCAUCCCGCUUAUUGGCAGAUUCUAAAGAUGCAACGGUGGUCUUACAACAGAAGAUGCUCAACGAAUCCUCUCAAUUAUUAAAGGUCCAGGAGGCCCUAGAUCAAGACAUCGCGGAACGAGAGGAAUAUGUCGGCCUAAGCCUGAAUGAGACGGUUUACAGAUUGAUCAGGUCGGGGUGGAGCAAGAGAGCGCAGAAGGUCCAAAGUGAAUUCAAGCUGCCGGAGAAGACAUAUUGGUGGUUAAGGUUAAGAGCUCUAGUCGCCAAGCGUGAUUGGGGAGAGUUGGAAGAAAUCGGCAAGAACAAAAAAUCUCCGAUAGGAUGGGAGCCUUUCUAUAAUGAAAUAUUAGGUGCCGGAAAUACGAAGCUUGCUUCUGUCUUCGUCCCGAAGUGCACCAACCUUCCCGUCGAAGACAGGAUCGAAAUGUGGGUGAAAUGCGGAAUGACCGUGAAAGCCGGAGAGGAAGCCCUUAGGGCAAGAGAUAUGAAUACCCUGGAGCUCCUCCGGACAAAAGCUUCAGGGACGGCUGUUACUGAAAUUGAUCGCAUGAUCAAUCAGUUAAGGCCCAGGAAAUAG